AGGCCUUUAAGCUACAUGAAGUAUAAAGUGAUAGUAACUACUCAAUUAGAUCAGUUAUAGUGCUAGGAGUACUAGCCCAUGCACACGUGUAGAAUACAUAUUUGAUCAACAGUCAUGAAUUAAUUAAAUGUAUUAAUAUUAUUAUAAGGCAUUUCUGGUAAUUAAAAGUCCAUUAAUUGGAGAAAACAUUGAUAUUAAAGCACAUGGUUGCCGACACAGUUUUAGAGUUUUUUAUUUUAUUUUGUAAUGCUGGUGAAUAAUUAUACAAAUUGCAGUGAAGUUUGCUGUUCUAGACUCACAUGGAGUAUGGGUUGGGGAAAAAACUGACGGGAACGUUUUUAAUAUAUUUUAUAAGGAAAAAUAAUUUCAUUUGUGAAAAAGUUGAGUGACGUAAUUUAACCCGGGAAAAAAUUUUUUUUGGCGGGAGCCGUGACGAGUUGAGUUCGUCAUUCGCGCGAGGAGACAGAUCGUCAGAGAGAAUUUAAAUGUAUUACUGCAUGUCAUGUCUAAACGGAAGCGAUUUAGUCCUGUGGAGGAUGCCACUGCACACAUUCUGUCUGGCAAAGACAAACCAUGCCUUGAGGAGAGAUUCAUUAACUCUCAUAAAGGUAGAGGUGUGUUUGCUAGCAUGUCCAUUGACAAAGGAUGCUUCAUUCUUGAAUACCGUGGAGAGUUACUUUCCCAAGAGGAGAGCCAAACAAGACAGAAUAGAUACAAUGAAACAGAAAAUACCUUCUUGUUUGAGUUUGAUUGGAAUGGAAGGCAAUGGUGCAUUGAUGCCUCAAAAGAAGAUGGUUCACUUGGGAGACUAGUGAACGAUAAUAACAAGACUCCUAACUGUAAAGUGAAAAAAAUUAGUGUUGAAGGUAAACCACAUCUGUGUUUGUUUUCGGUUAAGGCCAUAGCUUCAGGAGAAGAAUUAACAUACAACUAUGGAGAUUCAGACUGGCCAUGGCGUACUCAGUUGAACCAAGCAGUCCCUCACAAUGAGGAGAACAUACCAUCAGAAGACAGUACACAUUUUCCUGACAAAAUAAACUGUCCCAAGCCAGCUGAACAGAUUGGGAGUUAUUUGUCUGAACCCAGGCCUUCAAAUAGUGGUCAAUCCACCGACCACAACAGUGACCAUUCAUCCACAGCCUCUGACAUGAUGGAGAACCAUUCUCAGGUGAACCAAGCAGUCCCUCACAAUGAGGAGAACAUACCAUCAGAAGAGGGUACACACCUUUCUGACAAAAUAAACUGUCCCAAGCCAGCUGAACAGAUUGGGAGUUAUUUGUCUGAACCCAGGCCUUCAAAUAGUGGUCAAUCCACCGACCACAACAGUGACCAUUCAUCCACAGCCUCUGACAUGAUGGAGAACCAUUCUCAGGUGAACCAAGCAGUCCCUCACAAUGAGGAGAACAUACCAUCAGAAGAGGGUACACACCUUUCUGACAAAAUAAACUGUCCCAAGCCAGCUGAACAGAUUGGGAGUUAUUUGUCUGAACCCAGGCCUUCAAAUAGUGGUCAAUCCACCGACCACAACAGUGACCAUUCAUCCACAGCCUCUGACAUGAUGGAGAACCAUUCUCAGGUGAACCAAGCAGUCCCUCACAAUGAGGAGAACAUACCUUUGGAGGAAGAUAUAUGUUUUCCUUCCAACAUGAGCAAAAAGUCAACUGAACAAGUAAUGCCAUGUGGUACAUUAACCAAGCUCCAAUUAAGUAAUAAUUUCAGACUGAAAGAAAAUCAAGACAGAUGUGCUCAACGCUAUGAACAACUGUCAACACUUGAAACUAAGAGAGGGAUGACUGAUUACUCGCAGAAUAAUGAAUCUGAGAUAUCUUGUGAGGAAUCCUCCUUUUCUGACUACAGUGACAACGAUUAUGUCCCUGGUACAGACUGUAGCUCAUCAGACAACAGUUGUGAAAGUGAAGAACUAAAUAUCUGCCAUGUCGAGCCAGCAAAGGGAGGUGCUGUUGAGUUUAAGAGUACAACAGACAAUAGUACAAGCUCAUCCUAUCACCGUUCCACAUCUGUGACACCGAUGCCUACUAAAAUGCAAAAAAAUAGAUACAAGAAGAUACAAUAUUGUGCCUAUUGUCAGAAGCCAUACUCUAAAAUUGCACGGCACUUGGAGUUUGUUCAUCGCAAUGAACUUGAGGUAGCUAAGGCAUUCAGCUUCGAUAAAAGGUCAAAGGAAAGAAGAGUGAGACUACGCCUUUUGAAAAGUAGAGGGAACUUUGCCCAUAAUGCUGCAGUUUCAAAAGCCGGAAAUGGGGAAAUGGUUGCUUGCAGACGGCCCAAAGAAGUAAAAUCUACCUAUGACUUCACUCACUGUAUCCACUGUCAGGGUCUAUACAACAGAAAGACACUAUGGAGACACAUCCGAACAUGCCCCCAGAACCCCAAAAAUGAAAACCGCACAAUUGGGCAGAAGAGAGUUCAGUCAAUCAACAGCUUGACCCUUCCUCCACCAGUGGAUGUUAGCAAAAGUCUGUGGACCAUUGCUUGUGAGAUGGUGAAUGAUGAAGUUUCAGAUGUUGUCAGGAAUGAUCGAUACAUUCUUCUUUUAGGGGAGCAGAUGUACAACAGGCUGAAGUCACAUUCAGGAAGAAAUUACUACAUUAAGCAGAAAAUGAGGGAAGUAGCAAGGUUGCUCAUCACUGCCAGAUCACUGACACCCAUUCAUAAUAUGGAGGACUUCAUCCAACCCUGCAACUUUCCUCACGUUAUAAAAGCAGUAAGAGCAGUGGCAGGAUUUAGUGAGGAGGCAAACACCUACAAGAUUCCAUCACUGGCACUGAAGCUUGGACACAGCUUGGUGAAGAUUGCCAACUCUGUGGAAUGCAAUGCACUGAUGUCAGGACGCGACACGGCUGCGGAGUCUGCACGAAAUUUCAGACGUUUGUAUGAAAGCAAAUGGAAUGAGGUAGUGUCUGCAGCUGCACUGACUACUCUGGGAGAAGCUAAAUGGAAUAAGCCACAAGUUCUACCAUUUACAGAUGAUGUCAAAACACUGCACUCAUUUUUGAACUCAAAACAGCAGGAAUAUGUGGAUGCCCUUCAAGAAAAACCAAAUGACAAAAACUUUGCCAAUCUUUGCAAAGUCAUGCUAACACAGAUCAUUAUUUUUAAUAGACGAAGAGAGGGUGAAGUUUCCAGGAUGAAUAUUCAAUCUUACACGUCUAGAGACCAGGCACCAAUGCACAAAGAUAUCGCUGUGGGACUCAGUGACUUUGAGAAAAAACUUUGUGGGUACUUCCAAAGGGUGGAAAUACGUGGUAAAAGGGGGAGGAAGGUACCAGUGUUGCUGACCCCUAAUAUGAUUGUGGCCAUGGAUCUCCUUGUAAACAUGAGAGAAAGGUGUCAAGUUCCUGUUGAAAACAAGCAUUUGUUUGCUCGUCCAGGUGCUCUGUCUCACUAUCGUGGUGGAGACUGUAUUCACCAGUAUGCCCGAGCCAGUGGAGCAAAGCAUCCAGAUGCCCUUUGCUCAACAAAGCUGCGUAAGCAAGUAGCUACAAUGUCCACAGUAUUAAACCUAAAAGACAAUGAGAUGGAUCAACUGGCCAACUUCCUUGGCCAUGAUAUCAGAGUUCAUCGGGAGUUCUACCGCCUCCCUGAAAGCACUCUACAGCUUGCAAAGAUUAGUAAACUCCUCAUUGCAAUGGAAAAAGGGGCACUGCCCGAACUCCAGGGUAAAGGAUUAGAUGGUAUAACAAUAGAUCCACAAGAUGAAAUGGAUGUGUCGAGCAACAGUUCCAGUGAUGAGGCAGAACCGCAAACUUUAAGCUGCAGAAGACAAGAGUAUGAGGAUCAUGUGAAUGGCUCCCAGAAAUCACUUGUUCGUAGACCAAAAUCCUCCUCCAUGGUAGACCUGGACGAUGCCAAUCUCAAACAAGGCACAAAAGUCAGUGUCAAAAAGAAGUGGUCGGAAGAAGAGGUUGGGGCAGUUGAAAAGCAUUUGAUGCAUUUCAUACGCAGCUGUCGAGUUCCUGGGAAGACGGACUGUGUCUCAUGCCUGUUAGCUGAGCCUGAAGCACUGAAAAACAGAGACUGGUCUGCUAUUAAGUUUUAUAUUAAUAACAGAAUUACUGCAUUGAAAAGACAACAGAGUCGGUAGGACCGAUUUUUUUUUUUUUUUUUAUACAUUUAUACGCUGUUAAAUCAAUUUGAAGUUAAGGCUUUAUGAAGUCCUCUUUGAUUUUAAGCAAGAAUUGUUAAAAACAAAAAUUUGGGUAACACUUUAUAAUAAUGUUCAGUUGUAAGUAAUGUAUAAGUGAUUUAGUUAUA